GAGCCCUUGCGGGGGUCAGGCGGCGCUCUCCGAGGGUGCACCGCGGCGGGUGACCUUCCUGCCCGGAGCCGGGCACCGGGACCCCCUGGCGCAGCUGCGCAGAGCGACUGGGCAGCUGUGCGGGCCCAGGCAUGCCCAGCCUCAGAGCUCGCCCCAAGAGGCAGAAAUGGAGCACUCAGUUCCUGGACCGUCCCCUUGGGCCCCUUCAGCCCAGGCCCGUGUGAGUGCUGCUCCCGCGACCCACACUGCGUCUGCAUUCUGUGAUCCACUCCACUGCAGUGGCACUGAGCUGGGAACCACCCCUCACCAUCAGCAGCCAGAUUGGGACAUCAGGAUUGAGGGCAAGGAGUUUCUUCAGAAGGAAGGUGUUUCUGAGGAUUUAGAAUCAAAGGCAUAAAUAUUAGAAAACUGUACCAGUGAUGUUUCCCUGGCACCUGAGCUUGGAGAACUCUGUGAGGACGUAUUAGAAAGAGACUGGGGAGUCCCUGAUGACACGAGCCAGGUGCAGUCCCUCUUCGGAGAGGAGGACCUCGCACCAGUGGCAGUGCUCCUUACCAGCCCCUUAGGGGAGAGAGAGAUGCACUGUGAUGAUUUUGAGAGAGACUUUAGUCGGAGCCAACACCCAGCGGCAUAUCAAGGAAUCUCUGUGCAAGAGAGGCCACGUCUGUACACGUGUGGCCAACACAGCAUGGACCUCACUAGCCACGAGGGUCCCCACACAGCUGAAAGCACCUUCAUAUGUAAUGAGUGUGGGAAAACCUUCAGAGGAAACACUGAUCUAAUUCAGCAUCAGAUCAUCCACACUGGACAGAAGUCCUUUGUAGGUAAUGAAUGCGGAAAAGCCCUCAGCCAGAAUUUAGUUCUUAAAAAUCAUGGGAGGUCUCCUGUGAGUGAGCCCUACCAGUGCAGCGAAUGUGGAAAAGCCUUCCAUGUGCACUCAAACCUCAUUAGGCAUCAGGUCAGCCAUGGUGGAGAGAAGCCUUACGUUUGCAAUGACUGUGGAAAAGCCUUCAGCCAGAAUUCCAGCCUUAAGAAGCACCAGAAGUCUCACAUGAGCAAGAAGCCCUAUGAAUGCAGUGAGUGUGGGAAGGCUUUUAGGCGGAGCUCAAACCUUAUCCAACAUCAGAGAAUUCAUUCUGGGGAGAGGCCUUAUGUGUGCAACGAUUGUGGGAAGGCCUUCAGACGGAGCUCCAACCUCAUCAAACACCACAGGAUUCACACAGGCGAAAAGCCUUUUGAGUGUAAAGAGUGUGGGAAGGCAUUCAGCCAGAGCUCACAUCUGAGGAAGCACCAGCGGGUACACACUGGAGAGAGACCUUAUGAGUGUAAUGAGUGCGGCAAGCCAUUCAGCCGGGUCUCCAAUCUCAUUAAGCAUCACCGGGUUCACACAGGAGAGAAACCCUAUAAAUGCAGUGACUGCGGGAAGGCAUUCAGUCAGAGUUCCAGCCUCAUUCAACAUCGGAGAAUUCACACUGGAGAGAAGCCUCAUGUGUGUCAUGUGUGUGGAAAGGCCUUUAGUUACAGCUCAGUGCUCAGAAAGCACCAGAUAAUCCACACGGGAGAAAAGCCCUACGAGUGUGGCGUCUGCGGGAAGGCCUUCAGCCACAGCUCCGCCCUCAUUCAGCACCAGGGUGUGCACACGGGUGACAAGCCCUACGAGUGUCAGGAAUGUGGGAAGACCUUUGGCCGCAGCUCUAACCUUAUCCUUCACCAACGAGUUCACACUGGAGAGAAACCCUAUGAAUGUACCGAAUGUGGAAAAACCUUCAGCCAGAGCUCAACUCUCAUUCAGCAUCAGAGAAUCCAUAAUGGAUUGAAACCCCAUGAGUGCAACCAGUGUGGUAAAGCCUUCAACCGAAGCUCAAACCUCAUUCACCACCAGAAAGUUCACACGGGAGAGAAGCCAUACACAUGCACUGAAUGUGGUAAGGGCUUCAGCCAGAGCUCACAUCUCAUUCAGCAUCAGAUCAUCCACACUGGGGAGAGGCCCUACAAGUGCACUGAGUGUGGGAAAUCCUUCGGCCAGCGCUCAGUCCUUGUCCAGCACCAGAGGGUUCACACUGGAGUGAAGCCCUACGACUGCCCUGCCUGUGGGAAGGCCUUCAGCCAGCGCUCGAAGCUGCUCAAGCACCAGCGGACCCACACCAGGGAGUGAGGCCGGCCCCCGCCGUGCAGUGAGGCUCACUCCCUGCCCGCCCCCCACAAUCUGUGCACAAAGCUGUGACCUUCCGGGGGGGGCGUUUCACACCCUUUCUCCCUCGUCCCUCCUGCCAUUGCAGCCACCUAAGGUGACCUUUUGGUUCUUUUUCGUUUUGUCUUUACAUGUUAUGAGCCAUGUUUGUUUGGAGGGAAAAGAUGAUAGAGGCUGCAAAUUUAUGAAGAAUUUAUUACUGUAAUCAAAUAUAACCAAAAAAGUAAAUAGGCAUUUCCUUCAAGGUAA